CGCAGUUGAUCCGGCAACACGUUAUUAUUGUUUAUGUCAAAAUUCACCAAAUUCAUGUGAUGUUUUUAUUCGUCGGAUGUGUAAAUUUAAGCAAAAUGCGACUACUUUCUGCAGUGGAUUUGACAAAAUACUGUUUAAAUAAGAAGAUUAACCUGAAAAGAUAAGAAAACACCUUGUGUGUACAUAACAACAAACACAAAGAGUUCAUUUAAAAUAAUGGGCGAAGAUUCGGCGUUCAUGAAAUCCCUAGACCCGAGAAUCAACCAAAGAAUAAUGAUAAACACAACUGAUCUGCACUCAGUCGAUCUGAGUUGUAGUACAAACAAUGACACUACCAGCACAUUACUUAUUGACGACAAUGAGGAAUUAUUCUGCACCAAAGAACAACAAUUUCUUAAAGAGUUAAAGUUACAGGUGGAGACAAAAGUUAAAGUUGUGUCAAUAUUUGGAAAUACAGGCGAGGGCAAGUCGUACACGUUGAAUAAGGCUUUUUUUAAUGGGGAAAAUGUUUUUAAGACUUCAAGUGCUCAAACUUCGUGUACUAUUGGUGUUUGGGCCAAAUAUGAUCCUAAAUUAAAUGUGUUAUGCCUGGAUACUGAGGGAAUGCUCGGAAUAACGAGACGGGAACAACAGCGAGUCCGUCUUUUGUUAAAAGUUCUUGCCAUAUCCGACGUUGUUAUUUAUCAGACAAGGGCGGCACGUUUGCACAAGGACAUGUAUUCAUUUUUGGCUGGGGCAUCACAAGCCUACAAAAAUCAUUUUAGCGCUACUCUCUCAAAAGUUUUGCAAACUGCUGAUUGUCCAAAACAAAUUAAUUCCCUCGGCCCUGCGGUGAUUAUUUUUCACGAAACUCAACAUACAGAUACUCUAGAUGAGUGCUCGAACGUGAUGGAAUCUUCUGCAGAAGAACGUUUAAGGUCGACUUUUAACGAAUUAAGUUUGGAAAUCGACGCGUUUAGUAGUAUCAAGUAUGUGGGUGUCAAAUCAAAAAAUCAGCCAACAAAUUUCAUGAAAUUAAAGGAGGCCCUGGUUAAAGAGUUGGAGAGUAAUGAUGUUAGGUCUCCUCGUAGUGCUAAGUACAUAUUUUUGAUGUUAAAGAGUUUAAACGACAAAUUCAGCCACAAACUGUCGGACACGUCGCAUCACAUGUACUGGUCGUCGUUUUUCACUUGUCAAGAAAAAUGUCAGUCAUGUAAGACUGGUUGCAGUCUCUCGAUGGGCCACAAGGAGGAGGGGGAACCGCAUUUCAGCACGCAAUCGUGCAAAUUUCAGCACCAGUUUCAGAAUUCCGUCGAUCUCUGCAGGAAAUGUUUUAAAAGUGGUCAGAAAAUGAUCGUGAAAAAAAGUUAUCAAUCGGCAAAUGAGAGUUCCUGGUCUUUGUACAUUAAUUAUGUAUGGUCAGGAUAUAUUAUGGAAUGUCCCACAUGUGGUGAGAUUUACAGAAGUCGGCAACAUUGGUAUGGUAAUAAAAAUCCCGAGGAUAUCGGAGUGGUUGUACAGGAAAAUGUGCACAUAUGGUCAGGGGACAAAAUCUAUUUUCAGGAAAAAACCCUUUUUGGUUCGCAAAAUACCGCUCAAAAAGUUAUCGAUAGUGUUACCUCCUUAUCUGAUGUUGUGGCCAGUGUUGGAUCACAACCUACGCAAGUUUUGGGGGAAUGGGUAACAGAUAAAAUAAACCCUUCUUAUUGGACCCCCAAUCAUGAAAUCAAGGCUUGUUUUAAGUGCAAAAAAGUGUUCCAACUGCUGGAAACCAAGCACCAUUGCCGCGCGUGUGGUGAGGGUUUCUGCGAAUCAUGCAGCUCCAAACGUCAAACGGUACCCAGCCGCGGUUGGUUCAGUGAAGUGCGCGUUUGCGACAUCUGCUACCGAGAAGAACCCCCGAGCCUGUCGCAGGCAACCGACGGCUCGGAAAACCGAGCCCGGCAAAUCGGCGAGACGGUUUUUAGCUCGAUGACUGCCGUCAAAUCGGUGCUUACUAUCAGUAAGGAUUUUAUCAAGGAUUCGGUUAGACCGGCUUAUUGGACGCCGGAUAUUGAGUGCGAGAGAUGCUGCUGCUGCGAAAGACGGUUUGAUGAUAAAGUAAUUUUGCAUCAUUGUAGAGAUUGCGGUAAAGGGGUGUGCGAUAAAUGCUCGCUGAGUAGAAAAUCAGUUCCGCUCAGAGGAUGGACGAGUCCUGUGAGGGUUUGUAAUAAAUGUUGCUGACUAUUAUACUUUUAAUAAUAUGACAAAAAAAAAGUCAACACUAAAUUUAAUUAUUAUUAUUCUGUGAUUGUUUAGGCCAUUUCUUUAUUUGGACAACCCCAAUAGGUUGAUUAUUUAAGAAAACAUAUUUUUAUUUAUUUUAUAACAGUGCAUUUAUGGUUUGAACAUUAUACACUUUUUUGUCGAAAUACUUAGUGUAUAGUGUAUUUUUUCUAUUAUUUUUAAUAUAAAAACAAAUAUUUGUGCAAUAUUUAUAAUGAUAAACAUGUAAUAAACUAUAUACUAACAUUUGCAAAUAUAUGAUUUUGUUUAAAUG